CUCUGUUCUUGACCUCUCGAGGCGGAGCAGGAUGAGGAGCGAUGGCGAAGAGGACGAGGAGGACGAGAAUGGAGCUGGAGCUGGAGCUGAUGGAGGAGGAGGAGGAAAUGGUGGCCAUGGAGCUCACGAUGCCGCUCAUCAUGCUUCCUCGUGUUGCUUGCCUCACUCUCAAACUCUAAUUCUCUCUUGCUGCGUCAUAGUCGUAGUUAUCGUCGUCAUUGUCGGAACAUCACGCUUCGUCGACGCCCACGUCCCUGGAGAUCGGAUUUACACCUCUGCAAGAGCGGUAUUGGGAGGCGGGUUUAGCGGUAGCACAAAAUGCGUUCUUAGGUGAGGGCUGCAUCCUUAAAAUGGAGGAAGAAGACGGUACUGGGUACAAACGUAAGUCUGUUGUGGGAACCGAUCUUUUGGCGCCGAGUUUUUCGCAAAUGGCUGUUACGGAGGCUAGUAAUGUAGACUUAGUAGGGAAGUUGAAGACCUUGGGCGCUGGACGAAAGAAGUUGAUGACCAAGUAUUUCGAUAUCGAAGAGGUUGAGAGUGGACCAAUUUUUUCCGAAUAUUUUGCUGUGUCGCUGGCCUUUGUAGCAUUGGGGUCCAUGAUUCGAGAAGCGAACUUGAGAAUGCGAAGAAACGAUGCAGAUUGCGUUGAUGUUGUGCCGGCGAAACUGCAAAGGAUGGCACUGGAUUCCAUGCUCAAGUCAGCUAUGGAGAGAUUGCGAGGACUUGCGCGCAGGACCCAGACCUUGGAAGAGAAAGUCCGGGACAGGUCUUACAUGGAAGCAGCCUUUCAAUUCGAAAGACUAGAAUUUUUGAAGCGAAUUAGCCGUUUAGAAGCUACCAUCGCCAAGCACGUUGAGGCGGAGGCUGCGUGGCGAAAGGAAAAGGACGAGCUGAACAAGCGCAUAUCGGAUGUUGAUGCUCAAAGAGGCUAUUUCUUUAAGAAAAUGGGCGAGGCGGAAACCUUGUUGGCAGACUUGCAGCGGCUUCGGAUGGAGGAUGGGAAAGCCAAUGCAAAGUUGGUAGAAAUUUAUGCUGGAAGAGAGCAAUCUUGGAAAUCAGAGAGAGCAAAGUUGAGACAUGAGAUAGAUCUUCUGAAGGAGAGGCUGAGCAGGAUCCUGACGCAAUCACAAGUAAAGCCCUCUCAGUCCUUCGAAGUAGCUGCAGAAGCCUUGAGAAUGAGAAACUUGAAGCGCAGACCCAAGGAAAUUGUGAGGGACAAAGUGAUCAGCGAAAGAGAGUUCAACGCUCUUGUCGGGGUUGAACAAUACCACAAACCUGAAGCAGAUCUGAGGUCUCGGAAUGAGCUUCAUACGGCUGUCACUGAUCGAAAGGAUUCAGGUGGGGUAGAUGUCCAGGAGCCGUUGGUCCAGAAUCAGGAAAUGGAAGAUGAGUUGGCAAUCAUCUUGAAACGAGUUGGAGCAAUGAAGAGAAGGGGAACCUCCGGAAGCAAGCUUGAUGAACUGCUCAAUCAAGCCAAGGGUAAACCUGAACUUAAACGCUUAGGAUCUUUCGAACAAGCUCCAAGGAGCUUAUCUAUUGACAGCACACUUCUGUUACGAUCUGAUGCUAAAAACAUGAAGGAUGUAGAAAUUGAUGACGAGGGUGCUAAAGAUAUUUGGCAAGCAAUCGAGGUCCAAGAAUGUAAAAAUGUACAGGGAAGCAGCAAUUUUGUUAAUGAAGAGAACGCGAAAAGCGAAUCAUCUCGUAGCAGUCUUCUCAACCCUACAGAUUUAAUUCAUGAAAAACUUGAUGCCCCAGAGACCAAUGCAAGCCAAGAGCAGAGCAGUGCAGCUGUAGGGUCGACUGUUGCAGAACACGAUCGAGCGUUACAAAACACUGUAGAAAACGCCAAGCUUACAUCAGAUCCGAUGGCUAUUAAUUCGGUCGAGGAUGCCAUUGAUCUGUCUCCUAAUGAAGGCUGUUGGGUAGUAUCAUCAGAGGCCACGAACAGUGUGGGAACGGAAUUUAAAGGGUACUUUAUCACAACUGCAGAGUCGAGCUGCGGUGACGAAAUACCGGUUACUCUCGCCGAUGUUCCAGUUGGCCAGGGUUUCGUUGAUAGUCUCAAAUUGUUUGAAGAUGACGUGAACAGUGGGAUUGUUUUAGACAAUCCCACUUGUACUUCUCCUACGUCUGAUGGUAACCAACUGGAUGUAGUUGAUGAUGAGCCUUCUUCAAGUUUUCUGGACCACUUGGUUCAGCUACAAGCCUCAGCUGAAGAGAUUGAUCGCUGUCAGGUCAAUACGAGUGAUGAUGCAGGGUUGCCGUUAACAAGAAUGCGGAAUAUCGAUGUCACAGAAGUUUCUACAGGUACAAGUUGCCAGGAGACUGAAGAGCUUCAAGGUAGUUCUCAAGAAAUGAAGGAACCCAGAGAGGAGGACUGUGAGGUGUCACCUCAAGCCUCAUCCAUCAAGUGCGAAACAAGUAGUCACAAGGGUGAAACUGAAGCAAGCGACAUUGCCCAAUUCCUGCUAAAUGACUCGGUCGUCUCUAAUGGAGAAAUGGAUACUUUGGCAGAGGUUCCUUCGUCAAAUGAUGUGGACGAACCUGCUGAUGCUUCGUCUGGAAGGGCUCAAGCAGAAGAUCCAGUCUCCACUGUUGAAACUGGCGACGAUGUUGCAAGUCUCAAGCCAGUCACUGAAACUUCGGAGCGGCUAGCAGACAGUCCUCUCCUGCAAAGCCCAAGUGCUACAUAGAGCAGUCUUCAACCCUGCAUGAUGGUGUUCUCACCCAUCUUUUCCAGGUGUUCGUAAGAUUUCUAGAGCCUUCGUCGUCGCCGUUGGCUGGCAGCCUUUGGCGAUAUAAUUUUAUUUCUGAUUUUCUUUUCGGAGGAAAAAGAACUUGAUAUGCUCAACAUGGGGCAGCUCACUUCUGAUUAUCUGUUUUAUCAUUCUAGACUCCUAAAUGGUUGCUCUGAAUGUGAAAGGUUGCGGGUGGCCUUUUCAGAUAAUCGACCAGAGAGGUGUGAAUCAAGUUCUUGUCCGCAGUAACAAUCUGAAAUUGGACGUUCUAUUGUGUCCGUCUGUGUCAAAUGACCAUGAUUGAAAGCUGUUGCUAAGUAACAUAGUAUGUCCUGCAUGGCAAAUCUUUUUAUUGUAGAUGAGGGUCGUCAAGUAGAUCCGGCAUAAGUGUAGACAGAGAAAAGCAGGGUAAAUACUGAAGCUAAGCGCUUGCUCAGUCAUUGUGACUGUAGAAAUGGUUACUGUGAAAGGUCAACCCUACUAACCUCAAUAAACUCCGCAUUGUACUAUUAGAAGACUUCCAUAUUCUUGCUUUCGUUCUGCUGGAGUUGCACAUCUAACUUGGACAGUAGAGCCACCACGGAAAUGAUUGUCUUAACGAUAAUGUCAAAUAUUUCAGGUUGCCAACUGUAGUAUGACUCUUGUGUUCGAGCCUGGCAUGGCCAAGUCCAUCCACCACGCUCGUGUUCUCAUCAAGCAACGCCACAUCAUGGUCGGCAAACAAAUCGUCGAUGUCCCCUCUUUUAGGUUCGCGUUGACAGUCAAAAGCACGUUGACUUUGCUCUGUCAAGCCCACUUGGUGGCGGAAGACCUGGCAGAGAAGCCCAGAACUUGAAGGCUGCAUCCCAGAAGGCAUCUGGUGGUGACGACGAUGAGGACAAGGAUGACGAGUAGAUCUUGAAUUUACCAGUAGCUGAAGGGGUUCACCAGGCUAUUUGUGUGAUUGAUGAAUAAGCUAAGAAAAGCAGUUGAUUCUCUUUCCUGUGG